AUGAAUCUAGAAUUUGAUAAUUUUGAUUAUUAUGACACUUUAAACGUUACACCUAAUUCUUCGCAAGAUGAGAUAAAAAGUAGUUAUCGCAAGUUAAUUCGUUUAUGGCAUCCAGAUAAGCAUUCAAUUGGUUCAGAAUCCGAUCCUCCAAACUAUGGAUCGGAUAAUAACCACCAAACACACAGGGACGCACAAUCAAUUAGUAAGGAUGCCCAAUCACUGAGCAAAAAGCGCGAUUCAGCCUUUACCAAGAUACAAAAGGCUUAUUCUGUACUCUCAGAUCCUAUUUUGAGAUCACAUUAUGGUAGAUUUAUUAGUAAUUCAUACUUUAUUUACUUUUAA